AUGUCGGGCAACUACCACCUUCUAUUUGGACUUAGCUCCAAUACAUCUCAGCAUGAGUACCAAAAUAAUAAGCACUUUCUCUCUGUACUCAAUCAGGAGCUUGAUAUUUUCACUGCCGAUCAAUCAAAAAGCCAAUACAUUCUUUUCACCGGAGUGACCAACGAAGUCUUUCGCCGAGAUUUUACGGAUCCUAUUGACAGUUUGACUGAUUUCGAGAUCUAUUCAAUUACCCACGAGCUUAUUAUAGUUAAGAUGGAGUCACAUACUCACGCUCAUGCCCAUUCCGUUUUCAACGCCCUGCUUAUCCGCAAGCUCGUGACCAUGAAUGACCACGACAAGGAUAUCAGAUAUUUUGCAAGUGCCCAUGUGCAAGGCGAUGAUCGGAAGAAAAGGGCUGAUCAAAUAUAUCAACCAAAACGACUACCGCGCCAUCGAAGCAGACAUUGGCCUAGUCUGGUUUUAGAAGUUGGCUAUACAGAAGGACAACGGAAACUGGAAUCGGACAUCAAUUGGUGGAUUACACAAUCAAACGGUGACGUUAAGUCUGCUGUAACAAUUGCGGUCAAUCCAAGAGUCAAACAGAUCGUGAUUUGCCAGUGGUAUGGCAAUAAUCCCCAGCAGAGAGUGUAUAGAAAUGCACUAUCCCAGAAUGACCAAGGAGCCAUCCAGACUAGCAAUCCAAAUCCUCUGGUCAUUCCAUUCGCGCAUCUAUUUCUUCGCCAGCCGUCCGGAAAUGAACAGGACAUCACUUUUACCAUCGCUGAAUUGAAGGAGCUUGCGAAGAAUGUGUGGGAGGUGCAGUUCGAAGAAUGA